CCUCAUCGGUUGACGCUUCCCGCUGAAAACCAAACAAGCAAACUGAAGCGGAAUCCUCCUCGAAUGAGUAAACAAGAACAUGGAACAACAAGCAAACGGUGACAGCGAUGAAACAACAACAACAGCGACCGAAGAGGUUUAUAACACCAGCCAGCUGACCGAUGUGGCCUCCAAGUGGAUUCUGGACUUUCUUUUUGUCGACAUUUGUCGUCGCUUUAAAGAGGGAAUUUAUGAUACCUUCAAUGACGCCAUCUCGACCUACGAGUCUGUUUGUCAGACACCGUUACUCAAAGGAGGAAGCUCAAAUGAGAAAACGCUAAUCUGCGCCUUCCUCACCCGAGUCAUGCGAGGAAGACAAUUGGACACCCGUUUUGACGACGACGUGAUGCCUCUGAUGUCCGCAGCAAAGUCUUGGUUUCACCUCAAAGAUGCGGUGGAGGAUGAAAGCUUGUUUGACAACAUCACGCUUCACCUGAUCAUACAGUCUGUAGCUGUGUGCUUGGAGAAAGGCCAAAGAACGCAGGCGUCGGGCGCUCUCAAGUGGUUCGAAGAGCACGUCGAAUACCCGCAGAAAGUGUGCGCCAAGCUCUCCACCAUCGUGGCGGAGAUGGACACCUACCACCCGUUCCUCACCGUCUUCAGUUUCGCUCGACUGCUGGAGACGGUGCGCACCUUCUUGGACGCCUACCUGGCCAAGUGUCCGUCAGACUUCCUUCUCAAGGAAGCCAUCAAGGUGGUGCGCUUGUCGCAGAGUAUCGAUGCUACGGACGCCACGGCGAAAGAGGACAAGUCUCUCUUGGAGAAGGUCGAUCACGCAAGACUGGAGACAGAAGCAAAACCAAAUCUUCAAAUCAUUGGGAACAAGAAGCUGCGCGUCUCCCUCCAAAGGCAAUCCGUAAAUGAGUUAUUGUCUUCCCACGUGUCGAGCGCUGCGGACGAGCGAAGCGUGGACGCUUCGGAAGACGCCGUUCUCUCGCAAAAGGAUGACGUCCGACCAGAACGUAAACUUCGCGCGACAAAAAGGGCCCACGUAUCUGGCCGAAGACUAUACUCCAAUAAGCCGUCAGAGCUGGACGCAUCGCCGGACACCGCGGGCGUCCGUCAAGCAAAGACAGCUCUUCGGAACGGCCGCUUGUCCGCUGACGACAAGGCCGACCAAUCAGGGGAGAUCACUACAAAGCCAAAACGCAGACUUUUGUCUCCUCAAACAAAUGUGUGGGAGCCGGACACUCAGAUGAAGCCUCAAGUGUGCAUCAGACAGCUACGCGAGAAAGAUGGAAACGAUCCCGUUACCAGUCGUCAGAGGACUCGUCGGAAAUGGUCGUCGGAGCUGGACAAGAGACUCACGCAGGGCGUCCGGCGUCACGGCAAAGGCAAGUGGUAUCAAAUCCUGCAAGAUUACGACUUUGAGGGCCGCACUGGCAUUAUGCUCAAGGACCGCUGGAGGGUUCUGGAGAGGACCAAUAAAGUGGACUAUUAACAACCCCCCCCCCA